AUGAAGGAGUCGCGCGGUUUUGAGGACCCGUCGCUGCACGACCCAGUGCUCCCAUACGACCAGAGCAAGCUUGGGAUUCAGUCGCGCCGCCUCGCCGCGCAGGGUGUGCUGACGGCUGGCAAACUGCGCGCUCUGGAGGCGCAACAGGCUGAGAGCGGCGGUGGCAGCACGGACUACAGGUAUCCUCAUCAGAUGGUAGCGUACAGUACCGCCGGUGGCAGUGCACGACCCGGCGCCUACCCGGCACGAUCCCAAGCCGCUCAUGGCGAGGUGCCCGUAUUUGUGGCGCAGGAGGAGGUGCUUGUUGCUUCAACGCGGCACCACGGCCGCACCCUUACAGAGCAGUCGGGAUGGCGUCGCGGCGGCAACAUCCGAUCUGUUGCCAGUGGGAGUCAAAGCAUGGUUGGUGGGCGCUACGCCGUGACUGCCUUGCCGAGCCCGCGCGGCGUUACAACUGUGGAGGCGGUGACAGGGGGCGGCGUUGGCAAAACCAGCGCCAGCAGCACCGCAGAGAGUGCGUCCUUCCGCACCCGCGCUGGGAAUGGUGGCAUCUUGAGCUCGCUUGGCAGUGGAGACUCGAAGCCAGGUGUUGCAGAGCACAAGCUAGCCAAUCUCUUCCAACGCAAGUUACAGCACACCAACAACAUCCUUUAUGCGAUGGAGUCGUCAUGUGGUGGGGUGGCUGCGUCUUCUGCCUCGAACAGUGGCGCGGCGGGAGCGCCACGGGGCACAGACGAGGGAAAGGGUGCUGCAGCGGGAGGAGGUGACGGUGGCGGUGGAGGUGGAGGUGGACGUGGCUCUUCGAGCGAUUCUCCAAGCAGUAAAGGUGUGCCUGGAAGGGUGGCGAAGAACUCCCACAGCGAUGCCGAGAGGGUUGGGAAGUACAAGUGGGCGGGUGUGAAGAAGAUCGACACAGAAGGCGACGAGGACGAGCGAGACGAGCGCAACUUCCGGACUCGCAACAUCGACGCCCUACACGCCAUUCCGUGGGAUCAGCGACGGCAGUUACCCAUGAGCGGCUUCGGCACGCGCUUCUUUGCCUUACUGAGCACACCGCGUUUUUGGGAGAAGCUGGACUGGACAGUGCGUGCUUCCCUUCUGACCGUGCUUCCCACCAUGGUGCUGUCACUCGAGCCCUCGACGUCGCACAUGUUCCCGUUGCCGUCCUCGUUGGCCUUCAACGCCUUUUGGAUCACCAUGCCGACCUUUGGCAGUGGCCUGCGCGAGCUGAUAAUUGCGUUGAAGGGCUUCUCUGUCGGGCUGCUGUUUGUGUGCAUCGUCGUGGGCACGCAUCCCGGCCCUGCGUGGGUCAGUCUUCUUAUGCUCUUCGUCUUCACCUUCAUCUCCUCCUUUGUGGCGGAGGAGACGAAGAAGACAGCGGCCUACGUGCUGGCGUCGAUGAUCAUGAAGUACACCGUGGACCCUGCCGAAACGGACUUCCGCUACAUUGGCAAGUACUACGUAGGUCUGCUCAUUGGCCUGGCCUUCGGUACGGCUGGCUUUCUAGUGCCGUUCAUCCGCUGGUCGAGCGACAUUGCUCGGCACUACAUCAAGGCCAUGGGCAACUCACUCAGUAUUGACCUGCAGGGAACACUGUCGAGCUUCUGGGUGCGCACCCCGCUGGAGCGCGAGCUGAACGUUGUGCGUCUGCGCCAACUGAGGGCCACUGCGGAGAAGUGCCUCAGCAAGAUUGAGACGGCGCUGGAAGAGUCUGAGUACGAGCCGCACACCGGGGCGUACAUGAUGUGCAUGGUGAACCGCUUCAACUUCUGCAAGUCCAUUCACAACAUCCUCGGCUCUUUGAGCCACGUCAUCGAGCUCAUCGCUGACGACCCGAGCCUGAUCGACACGCCGAUGUGCACGGCUUUUGGGGAGCAGAUUGGCGACCACCUCGCCGUUAUCUCGUCCGCGAUGGACAGCAUGGUGCUGAAGAUUGUCGACUUCGAGCGCUUUGUGACGCCGCAGGAGAUCCAGUUUUUCCGAGAAGCGCGCGAGCGCUUCCAGGAUGCGCUGUCGCGUGUUCGAGAGGAUGUCAUCUUGACGAAUGAGAACUACCAGACGGACGAGUCCGACGUCCUCCUUGGUUUCUUCAUGUUCAGCCUGGACGAGAUGUGCGAGGUGAUUAGCCAGUUCGACGAGACGGCGCACCCGCCCAGCAGGCUCUUGCAUGCAGUACUGUUCCCGGUACGGGACGUGAAGAGUGUCAUUGCUGCCUUUCGGAAUUUGGCUCUCACGAUUGUGCGGCGCCGUACGAUUCCGCGUCGCAUGAAGGAGGCCAUCAAACUCUCCCUGUGCAUGGUAGUGCCCAGCAUCUUUCAGGUGUACGCACUGGACAACAGCUCGGUGAGCCCAGCGGCCGGUGCCGCGGUGAUUGCGCUCAUCUACAACCCGACCGGCUCCGAGAGCUUCCACUACGCCUCUGGGCGUCUGCUGGGCACAGUACUCGGCUCCAUUGGCGCGCUGCUCUCUGUGCAAGUUGCGCGUGGUCAACUGUGGGUGCUGUACAUCUUCAUCGUUAUCCUGUCCUUCAUUGGCGCGUACGUGCAGGCGGCCCCGGGCUUCUACGCACUUGGCAACGCGAUCGUCAGCAGCACGAUUUCCGUCUGCACCCAGUACCAGGACGAGAGUGCCGCAAUGGUGCGUAUUCAGCAGAACUGCUUCGCCAUUUUGAUGUACUUUGUGAUCGCGUGCGUUCUGUGGCCGAUGCAGGCGCGCACGAAGGUGAAGAUGUGUCUGAACGUCACGCUGCGGUGCACGCGAGAGGCCGUCACGCGCAUGCUACGCAAUCUCGACAUGCCGUACGACGCGAACGAAGUCACCGCCGACGUCUCGGCGCUGCUCAUUGAGAUGAACAAGAAGGUUCGGACGCAGUCGCGCUUUAUCCCUGGGGCGGUGGAAGAGCCGACAAUGGGCUCAGUCGAGUACCCGGAGGACUCGUGGAAGCGCAUCGUGGAGGCGGAGAAGAAGCUGUGCCUGGCGCUGUCAAUGAUGUGCUUCGCCUACAACACCUUCAUGUCCAGCCGCGCGGACCCAACCACCGAGUUGUCGGUACACUGGGUGGUGCUGCACCGCAUCGCCCCGCACGCGCAGGACCUGUCAGACCUCAUCUAUGCCUCCAUCGACCUCUAUCUUCUGUCGCUCUCCAAGAUGACAAUCGUGCCAACGUCGCACCUGACACGGCUUCGGGUGGGCAUGGUAGACGCUAAUCGGGCCAUCCUCGACACCUACAUGUCCACCAUCUUCCGCAAGGUGGCUGGCGAGCAGGAUACGGACGAUGGCGACGUGUACUCCAGCAGCUCUUACAUGGACGACGACGAGUACGACAACUACAACGAUGCUGGGUACAAAGGCGGGGGGGACGGCAGCAGCGGCGGGCCGCAUCUCCCGCCGAUUAGAGGGGGGUGCUCUUACACGGACAAAGCCGUUGGCGGCGGUGGCUCAACUGCGAGCGUCGACGGCAAGACGGCUGCGGUGCACGCCGCCAACAGGCCGAGUGAGAGGGAGGGUGAUGAGGCCAAGGGCGGCAACGAUUACGAUCCCUCCGCAUCCCCGAAACUACGGCAACAGCGACGGCGAGUCGACUGUGACCCCGGGCACCGCCGUGGGAACCGCAGCUCUGUGGACUCUUCGGGCUCGUCUUCCUCCGAGAAUGGCGAGCACGACGACAACGCCAACGCGCACCCACACAAGAAGGCGACGGGAAAGGGUGGCGACGGAAAAAGGAGGAUGGGGUACCUCGGCUACGAGUUGACGGCGGAGGAGGCUGCUGCGCUGCGCGCCUUUGUAGCGAACCGCGUGAGCAACGCGACCUUUACCAGUAAGUCCAUGGUUGUCAACAACUCCAUCUUCGGUGGCCGGGGCGCGGGCGGGGCUCCUGCCGCUGCCGCUGCCGCUGCCGCUGCCGCUGCUACUGCUGGGCUGGCCACAAGGGCCUCGAUGGUCAUGUCGGGGUCUCCUCCGCCGGGCAACAACGACGCCCGCCUCAUGGCUGUCACAGGUGGCGACGACGGGCUGGCGGCGGCGCUGCGCAAGAAACACAAGGUGGUGGUGAGGCGCGGGAGGGAUGAGAACGACGGUGAUGCGGAGGAGGCGGGGCCGGAGGGGCCGCAGAAUGAGGGUAAGGCUAAAAGCGGCCGCCACGACGGCGACAACGUUCCUGGGAUCUUCAAUACAUCCUUCUUCAACAACUCCUUCAUGAACGCAUCCUUGCUGGGCAGCAUUUUCGCGAAACGGACGAAGGAACAGCGCGACCUUGACGCGGCGGAGAUGUCGCAGCUCCGUGCAAGGCAGUCGCGCGCGUCGAGUGAAGCGAGCGCCACCUCGGCUCGCUCGCAGCGAGACGGUAAGAAAAAGAAGAAACAGCAGUGUCACUCCGGCAAACGGCGCGAGGCGAAAGACAGCGACAGUGGCGAUGAGGACAUCAGUAAGCACAGCACCCCGCUCACCUCACCGACCCCCCACCCUCGCGCCAGUAGCGUGGGGAGCGACUUCAGCGACACGGAAGACGAUCCGAGGCCGCGCAAUCAGGGGCACUCCUCCAGGAGGGUACCUCGCUCAACCUUGGCCGUAGCGGGGGCCCAAAAGACCAAGGUGGGUGAACGUCUACCGAUGGCGCACUCGAUGCCAGAGGUGCUGCCUGGCGCCGACAACUUAGGAACAAACCCACUAGGCGAGGAUGGUGCCCGUGCACAGCGAAAUCUGCCGCUCAUGUCCCAGUCUGCGCCGAUUACCUCCGGAUGCGAGUCUGCUGCGGAGACCUCUGCAGUGCUGAGGAAGGAGGGCAACGUCGAGGCAAACCGGCAGGAAGCGAGCAGCUUGACAGCUGGGCAGCUUUGCGGGUCUGCGGUGGCCAGCGCGGUUAGCUUCAGCGGCGACGAUGCGGCCGUGCUCGCGGCAUCACUCAACAACACCUGCAGCGCCGCCACCACCAUAUCUCACCACCCCGCGCAGCCUCUUGCUCUGGGAGAGGGCAGCAACAGCGGGAGCCCGGAGGAUCAUAAGGGCUCGCCGCCGGGUGCGUGCAGCAGCGCCGAGGAGGGAAAGAAGAGCGACAACUGCAACAGCAAGACGCGGAGGGCGGUGUGUAACAAGGACGGCGAGGGGAUGACGCACGGCAGCACUGAGAAGCAGCAGCCGCACAACAGAAUCGACGACACUCCGAGCAUGGGCGUAGGGGCUGCAGGCAGGGCAGGGGAGGGUCAGAGAGAUGCACAUGAUGUGGUCGACAAGGACACGCAUCUCUUUGUCGACGACGCUUCCAUACAUCACACCCUUGCCUCCUCCGGCAGCCGCCCCUCGAGCAGGCUGCGGCGCCGUUCUCUCGGCAUUAAAGGCACCAGCUCGUGCGCCCCAGCGAUGGUUGACAGGAGCCGCAGUGGCGACGGCACGAGCAUGACCCCGUCGGACGGUGGCGAGAUCCUAAAGGGCCUUUCCUUCUUUAACCCCGCCAGGGGCGAGUUUGUGCUCACCAAUCACGACAUCCACUCCCUCGAGGCCUUCCUGUUUGGCACACGCGCCCUCGUCGUGCACAUCAACGAUCUGCAGAAGGCGCUGCUGGAAAUGCAGCACGCGACGGAUCUGGCAAGGCUGCUGUAG